UCCUUGGGAAAGCAUUUUGAAGUUCUUCUCAACAGAUUUUUCUUUCUGAGAAGUGUACUGCCAAGAUGAAUUUUACAGAGACUCAUACCACAGAUUAUCCAUAUUAUUCAGACUACGCUUCUCUAAUCACACAACCUUGUUCUAAGCUGGAAGUCAGGAUCUUCACAAAAACCUUUCUGCCAGUGGCAUAUUCAUUGAUUUGUAUCAUCGGCCUAGUUGGUAACAUCUUUGUAGUGAUGACCUUUGCUUUAUAUGAAAGAACCAAGUCCAUGACGGAUGUGUACCUCUUCAACAUGGCCAUAGCAGACAUACUGUUUGUUCUCACUCUCCCACUGUGGGCGGUGAAUUAUGCUGCCGACGAAUGGAUUUUCGGUGAUUUCAUUUGCAAAAUGGCCAGGGGUAUCUAUGCAAUCAACUUCAGCUGUGGCAUGCUGCUUUUGGCCUUUAUCAGCGUGGAUCGGUACAUUGCUAUCGUACAGGCAACAAAGUCAUUUAAAUUCAGGGCAAGAACGCUCGCAUAUAGUAAACUCAUUUGUUUGGCCGUGUGGGUGUCAUCAAUUUUAAUCUCUAGUUCCUCUUUUCUAUACAGUGAAAGUUACAGCUUCUCCACCAAUGAAACAAAAGAGAUUUGUGAUCACAGAUUUGACAGAAUGUCUGAAAGCACGAUGCUGAAAUCACUGCUGCUGUGUCUACAAGUUGGAUUUGGAUUUUUUAUACCUUUCAUAUUCAUGAUUUUUUGCUAUACGUUCAUUGUCAAAUCCUUACAACAAGCUCAGAAUUCCAAAAGAAACAAAGCAAUCCGUGUGAUUGUAUUAAUUGUAGCUGUUUUCCUAGUUUGCCAGGUACCUUAUAACAUUGUUCUUCUUGUGACAGCCAUAAAUAUGGGCAAGAUAGACAAAUCUUGUGACAAUGACAAGAUAAUGGCUUAUGCGAAAUACACCACUGAAGCCAUAGCAUUUUUACACUGUUGUGUGAACCCUGUGCUCUAUGCAUUUAUUGGAGUGAAGUUCAGAAGUUAUUUUGUGAAGAUAAUGAAGGACCUAUGGUGCAUGAGAUACAAGAAAUACAAUAAACGUAAUUCAAAGACAAACUCUGAUAUGUAUCAUUCAAGACAGACUAGUGAAAUUCUGACCGACAAUGCAUCUUCUUUUACUAUAUAAUACAAUUUGAACAAUGUUAUUACUGAAGGACUCUUUUCACCGAGCAACGCAAACCAGUGUCACUGUGCCUGUGACAGCAAGUCAUUUGAGCUUCCCUGCACCUCUAAGGGAGCUCCUACGCUCAGCAGCUCCCUUCAGAAAAAGAAUUAAGAUAAAAGAAUAACACUGUCGUUGGAAAACCAAAAUCUUAUUCACCUCUCCUAACAUUCACGCUCUUCUAAAGUGCACUCUUUUGAAUUAUCAGGAAAAUGAAGCUCACAGAGCAACCCUCCUUGUUUUCUAAGGAAAAAUUGCACCUCAUCUGUCCUACAACACUGAAAUAUCCCAAAAGUACUAAGUAAAUGAAUCAGGUUAUGUUCAGACUCAUUCUACUUAUAUUUAUGUUGUUUCUGUUACUUACUUCUACCUGGAAAUUCUAUUUAAGUGUAC